CGUUCUAAGCUCAAAUCAGUUCAAAUUUAUUUAAUUUAUACAAUAUGUUAAUGGGCAUUGUUUUAAGAAAAAAUAUAGUUAAGUUCGAAUAAAUAAAAAGUAAAAAUUGCGUAUAAAUUCUGAUCAUGCUGGAUGCUGCUUCGUUUUUGACUAUGCAAACUAAAUUUUUUGUUUGAUAAUUUGUUAGAUAUGUAUCAACAAGUUUCUCCAUUCGAAGAACACGUGUUUGUGUGUGUGUGCCCUUGCUCUCUCAUAUAUGUAAAAGAAAUAAAUUAAUGUAUGUGUAUAUAUUUAUAAAAGCAGCUGUUGGAGGGGAAAAUAAAAUUUAAUCCCAUUCGCUCGUAUUGAAACUCAAGUGAUGCCACUUUAUAAUAAAACAAAGUGUAAAAAACAUAAAAUUAAAAGAGGAAAAUAAACAAAAUUUCCUCACAUAUGCUCUCGUAUUGAAACUCAAGUGAUGCCACUUUAUAAUAAAACAAAGUGUAAAUAACAGAAUUUUUAAGACUCCGUUUAAAUUUUGAAUUUUGGAAUAUUCCACCAAAACAAAAACAAUUUUACUCUUUGUUUUUUUGGAAUAUGAAUUAUGAAAAUCUAAAUAUGGAAGCAAAACAUCUAAGUUCUAAUAGCAAUGAUUCAAAUAAUCAAGAAAAUGUCGAUGUUAAAAAUAAAAAGAAUCAAAAUAAACAGAAGAUUGAAGUUUUUCUAUCAAAAGACAAAACUAAAAAGAAUUUAAGCAAAUCUCAAUUACUUUUGCUAAAUGAAACUGCAGAGCAAAGAGAAUUACGACUUCAAAAACAACGAGAAUACAAAAAAUCUAGAACACCAGAACAAAGAGAAGCUUCUAGACUGAAAAAUGCACUAUACACUAGACGAUAUCGUGAAGAACAACUUAAUGCAGCUCGAACAGCAGAAGAACGAGAAGCAUUAAUACAAAAAAGAAAAGAAUAUUCAAAAAAUUAUCGUGAAAAAUUGAAAAGUUUAGCUAAAACACCGGAAGAAAAAGAAGCUUUAAGAAUGAAAAUUGUACUUGAAAAAAGAAGAUCUGUUGCUAAACUUCAAAAGCUUGCCGAUCGUGAUUGUAAAGGAAAUUUGUUGACGUUUGACGAAAUUGAGGCUCGUAGAAAGAAACGACAAGAUAAUGAUGAGGAAUUAAGUCUGUUGACUUUAAAAAAGCGAUGGCAAGCGACCAUAAAAAUGAGAGAAUAUCGUCAAAGGAAUCGAACAAUAGGGAAAGAAAUAUCAUCUGGUUCAAGUCCUAGAAUGAAAAAGGAACAACAAGUAAAGAUAACUCCGAAUUUUGUCUCUAUUAAAGACGAAAUCAAGAUUGAAAAAGAAGUUUUUCAAGAAUCAACAAUUCAUGCAUAUCAAAAUACAAAUUCAACUAUUAUUCACCAAGAUGCCGUUCAAGAUUCAUCAGGUGGUUCUUGGUUUGAACCAUCAGUGGAUAUAUUGGCGAAUGAAUCGAAAAAUUAUUUUACCGAUUAUUAUCGGUCAUUUAGUAACACAUCUUCAAGUUUAACCGAAAACAUUCCAAAUACCAGAAAUCACUCAACUACAAUAGAGCGUAGAAAAAGAACUAUAGAGGCGUCGUUAAAUUGUUUGAGAGAGCUUAUUGAUGUAACAGCAAGAGGUGAUAGAUUUGCAGUUUUUGGUGAACAUAUUGCUCAAAAACUGAGAAGUAACGAAAAGGAUCAAUCAGAACUAAAUUACGCUAAAUUACAAAUUGAUAAUGUACUGCAAAGUUUGGAACUUGGAUUUUACGGUUCUGAAACUCAAAUUGUAAAAGUUGAAAAAAACUAUUAAUAUUAACUAACUGUAAGUUCUUUUAAAGAAUUAUCAUUUAUGCAUUAUUUUACAAAUAACUUUAAUACUUAUUUUGAGAUUGUUUCAAUGCCAGAAAAUAGCAACAAAUCCAUAACAUAAACCAUUGAAAUAACAACAGUAUAAAGCAUUAUUAAUUCAAUAAGUUAAUCGAUUUUCUUCAGUUUUAAAUUUCAAUUACCGAAGUGUUAUUUUUACUAAGCACAGUCUUUUCAUGUUAACUAAUGUUUAAAAUUAUACAAUAAAUACAUUUUUAUACUCUUAUAAAUAAGUUGUUGAGUGAAUAAGGGAUAGCCUAC